GAGAGGAGAACCGACCAGAGAACCAGAACCGGCAGGAUGCUGCAGUGUGUGUGUGUUCUGUGUGUUCUGUGUGUGUGUGUGUUCACAGUUCACUCAGAUCUGAAUCUGAAUCAGACUCUGGAUCAGCAGAACGUCACUUUAAAUGAAACUCAGCACGAGAAUCAAACUUUCUCUGGACGCUUCGGAUUCAGCCGCCUGUCGGGGGUCCGGUCCUUCAUUCCAGAACAGGAGAUGGAGUCCAGGAUCAUCGGGGGCCAGGAGGCCUGGGCCCACUCCUGGCCCUGGCAGGUUUCUCUCCGCUUCGCCUCCAUGCCGGCCUGCGGAGGAGCCGUGAUCGGCCCGACCUGGGUCCUCUCUGCUGCUCACUGCUUCAAGAGGUACAACAAAGCUUCUUUCUGGACGGUUCUGGCUGGAAAACACGACCUGGACAACCCCCAUGAGCCUGGACAGCAGCUGGUCGGCGUCUCGAUGAUCAUCAACCACCGCGACUACAACACUCGGACCAAAGAGAGCGACUUGGCUCUGCUGAAGCUGCAGCAGCCGCUCGUCUUCAACCACUUCGUCAGACCCAUCGACGUCUGGAUGGCGCCGCUGCCGCUGCCGCCACUCAGGAGGUGCACCAUCACCGGCUGGGGCGCCACCCGAGAGAACGGAGCUCGAGUCCACCGACUGCAGGAGGUGAACGUGACCAUCCUGCCCCCUGACGUCUGUAACCAGUACUACCUCGGCAGGAUACGCCCCUCCAUGUUUUGUGCCGGGAAGGACGGAGGAGGAGCCGACGCCUGCCAGGGGGACUCUGGAGGUCCUCUGUCCUGCUUCACCGGCAGCCGGUUCGAGCUGGCCGGUUUGGUGAGUUGGGGGGUCGGCUGUGGACGAGCCAGCAGACCUGGAGUCUACACCAAAGUCCAGCAGCACACUCAGUGGAUCCACGACACCAUGAGCGACCAGAACAUCAUGUACUCAGACCAGGGCGCUGCCGCCUCAGAGGACCGCUGUGGGAGACGGCAGAGCUCCAGCUGCCGGCGUUCCCCGGGGCUCGCGGCGCUCUCCGUGUCCCAGGACGGGGAGCUGUCGGUGGGGAACCUGACCGAGUCCUGCCCCUCCUUCUGGCCCUGGCAGGUCAGCCUGCAGGCCAACGGACGCCACUACUGCAGCGGAGCGCUGAUCCACCGCCGCUGGGUGCUCACGGCACGCCACUGCAAUGUCAGAGCGAAGGAGGACGUGGUGGUUCUGGGAGUUCAUGACUUGCGGUUCUCGGCGUCUCAAACCGUCCCGGUGGACGAAGUCGUCAACCUGCCGCAGGACGCCGGCUUCCCCCCGAGGACGGACCUGUCCCUGCUCCGUCUCAGCGUCCCCGCCAGAUUCAGCCCCAACGUGUCUCCAGUUUGUGUCCCUGAUGAGGACGAGGACCUGGACGACAGCUGGUCUUGUUUCACGGCCGGUUGGGGGGCGUCGAAGGCGGCAGGGGACGUGGACCCGGACCGGCUGCACCACGUCGGACUGACGCUGGUCAACCAGACCGCCUGCGGGCAGAAAUGGGGGCGGGGCCUCAUCAGUGACUCCCACAUCUGUUCCCACCCAGCAGGCUCCGCCUCCUGCAUGGGCGACUCCGGGGCGCUGCUGCUGUGUCGGAAGCGUGGCGCCUACUUCCUGUUCGGCGUGGUGACGUGGGGCGCCCGGCGGUGUGACGCAGACAAACCAGCCGUCUUCUCCAGAGUCUCAGACUUCCACUCUUGGAUCAGUGAGGUGACGGACGACGUCUGAACCUUACUCUAAAUAAACUCUUUAACUCUAUAAAGUCUGGGGCUAUUUUAUGUCUUUUUUUAUUUUGCUAUUUUGCGUCUGAACGUUUCUCUAAAUAAACUCUUCAAACACUCAAA